AUGUUUCGCUCCUUUUCUCAGCUGUCUUUGAAGAAAGCGAAUUGUAAGUAAGAUUUUACGAAACAGUUUACUUCCGUUUCCUAGUUCGUUAAAAUACCUCGUGGCAAGAGCUGUGGAUUUGAGCAUUUGGCAUUGUUAAGUUUGUUCUGCUCAGGCUUUACGUCCAUAUGUGUAAAUAGAGUAUAAAUAUCCCAUUUAUCGAAGUUAAUCUCUUUCGUGUCAAAGCCAUCGCUGGAUCCGAUUCAAUGUUUCUUCCAAGCUAUAGCAUUCUAUAAAUGUAUUUUUGUCUUAUGUAAAGAAAAGCAAAGUGAAUCAAUUCUAAACUGAGAGAUAUUGUUUGAAAGUAUAAUGGCAAUGAACCAUGAGAAAUGCAUUUGUUCCCAUCAAAUUAAAGGUGGUAACUGCCUCCAUUACAUCUUCUGUCAUAUCUUUUUCUGUUUUUGGUGUGCCAUUCUUGGUGCUUUUGGCUUUUUGCAUGACAAAUGUGUAAUUUCAGACAAAUUGAUAUAAAUCUUUUUGUAACUCCUUUAAUUUGGGAUCCAAUUUGUAGAAGUUUUUUGUCCUUCCCUUUAGUCUAACCAUUUUUUUAUGGAUUCAGCCCCACUUUCUUUAACAGUUGAACCCCCAUAACUUGAACCCUGGGUAACUUGAGUUCCUGGCUAACUUGAAGCAAAAUUGAUUUCCCUAGGAAUUGCCACAUAUUUUUACUGUAAUUUUAACCCCUAUAACUCAAAACCCUGAUAACUAAAAGCAAUUUUUACGGCCUUUCAGGUACUCUUCUUUGUAAUUUUACCCUUGAUAACUCAAAGUUAAUUUUCACUUUUUGCAGACUAAUGAGCCAUAACAUUUUGCACUGGAAAUUACUUAUAAUCUCACUUACAUAUUAUGACAAAUUGACCUAUGUUUUGUUUUGUUUUGCUUUGUUGUUUUUAUAUUCUUACAUUGCUAGAAAUCUUACACUAAAACAUGUAUAAGCACAAAACCUCUUAAAUCAAGUUUUUUCUGUUUUUUUUUUGUCCAAAACCUCUCUAACUUGAAACCCCAAUAGCUUGAAAUAAUUUCUGUUUCCCUAAGUAAUUUGAGUUAGCUGGGUUCAACUGCAUUUUAACUACCCACACCCCUUCUUUGUCAGUGCAAGUAAAUUCUUGCCUGAAGUUUGAUCUUUGUUUAGUUUUUGUACCAAAAAUGACUCCUCAGAUAGUUUGCGAAACUUUUUCCAAUGUUUUUUUGAUCAAAGUAGUGACAAACUUCCUUUUUUCUUUUCAUUUUUUUCAGGCACCUCAACAGAGGGUAAAAAUAUCAAAGAGUGUCUCGAAAUUGGGGGGGAAAUAGAUGAGAAAGGGCUGAAGGAGAAAGUUGAUGGUCUUAGAGAAAUUUCAUCUACAGGUAAUCAACUAAAAGCACUGACUCGGCCACAGUCAGGAGAUAGAGAAAUCAGUACUCUUCAGAAGCAGAUUGUAAAUAUUAUUGAAAGCAAACCAUAUCCGUGUGCUCUUAGUGAUAUUCUGCACAAUAUUUCCAUAUCUGCCACUGAAGAAAAAGUGAACAAGUGUAUCAAUCAACUGGAACAGGAGGAAAGGAUCAUAAAAGUCCUGCAAAUGCCUCCUAUGUGGAGAAUUGCAGAAACAACCGAGGAAGGCAAGGAUGACGAUAAAGCGGCAGAAGAUAUGCCACCCUUGGAGACACUAGUGCCGGACUAUGAAUCAGAUGAAAGUGAAGAGGGAGUAGAAGCAAAGCGGGUAUCAUCCACUAUUAGUCCUGCAAUUAGUCAGAGUAAGCGUCUUCCGAUCACAAACCAUGGUGGAUCUCUUCAACCUAGGCAGUCUAUAUCUGAUCCUCUCUCAAGCCGAAAGGGAAGCGCAUCGUUAGCAGGAGGUCCUCCUCCGCCUCCCUCGGCUCAUUUCUACAGCACCAUGAUGUCACAGUGUUCUAGGAAACCAAGUCCAGUUGUCAUUGCAGCCAGGCCAACCUUUUGCUCUACGUCACGUCCAAAUCUGCACUCCACAAGGUCUCAACCACCUCGUCCACCGAUACAAUCUUUAGUUCCACGACCAAGUCGACCUUCAGCGGUAGCAUCACGAUUUUCGCCACAAUCACUCAUGGAUCUUGAAACGCCCUUGAACUCACAUGUUACUUUUAAAAUGUCAUCAAACUCUGAUGCUGUCAACCUACCUGAUACACGAAAAAACCGAGGGUAUCUUAGAGAGACCAACGCUUUGCAGGAGGACGGAACCACGAGUUCUCUAAACGAGUCAUCCAACGUCAGUUCAGUUCCCUUCACACAGCCUCAAGUGUCCCAUUCUAUGAGUGGCUCCUUUGGGUAUGGAUCAACUCCACAGAAGAAGCCGCCAUUAGCACAACAAGCUCUUACUAUGUCUUUCCACAAUUCUUCGCAUGCUUCAGUAACUCAGGGAGCUGAUAGGAUUCCUCUCCCCCCUUCAGCGGAACGUUUCCGUGAGCUGGUCAGCCGUGGACCCCAGGCAGUUCCAAUAUCGACCAAGAGCCCCAUAGCUUGUACACCUCAUCAAGCUUCAACGCUAAGUGACCUCGAAGCGGGGGUGCUGGACGUAAUGAAAAGAGAAAGAAAAUCUUUUCAAACUCUUCAUUUGGCCCGGCAAUUUGGUCUGCACAGAAAGAAGGAGAUCAACCCAACUCUUUACAAACUGCAGUCAUUGGGCUUGAUAUACAAGAUGCACGAACAUCCACCAACGUGGAAGGUGCGUCAAGAAGUGAGUUCUCUGACAUUCAAAGGUUUAAAGCCGGUUGAAGUCAGCUCUUCUGCACCUGCCCAGAAAAGAGCAUUUCCCACUGCCGAUGAGCAAGGACAUGAGCAGUUAGGAGCUAAGAAACACUUUCAGCCAGCGGAUACUUCUCCGACUCCUUCCGGGAGUGGGGUGGGUGUAUUUGGGCCUUCCCAGCGAGGAACGCUCUCGCCCAGCUUUAAGAGUAACCCAGUGGCACAACCUGCAUCUUCUCUUGGAUCAGGAAAAAAUCCUCCAGACGUUCUCUCCAAUGUCGCUUAUUCCGCCAUCAACAAAAAUCCUGUUAGUGCUCUCAACGAGUACGUGCAAAAGAAUAGAAUGGAGCUGACGUUCGAAACACUUAGCAAAGGUCGUGCAUUUGUGGUUGCUGCUAAGAUAGACGGAAAACUAUUCCCUUCGGCAGAAGCACGAAACAUGAAAGAUGCAAGGCGUGAAGCCUCAGAUGUUGCUCUGAGAACCCUACUGGGUCGCAAUAUGAACGAAGGUAUCGAAGAGGGAUCUUUGGCCAUCACUGACCCUUCUGCAAGCGUUUUGAGCAAAGUUAGCACGCAUUUUGAUCUGAUAGCUGCACUUUCACUUCAUAAAUUCUUGCAGAUUGCAGCCUCCAUCUCCGAAAAAUUUGCUGGUAGAAAGGUUGUGGCAUGCAUGAUUAUGAAAAAUAGCCCAGAAGACUCUGGCCGAGUUGUUGCCGUGGGAACUGGUAACCGUUGCGUCACUGGAGAGAGGCUGAGUAUGGAAGGAAAAGUGGUGAACGAUUCUCAUGCUGAAAUUGUUGCUCGUAGGUCUCUGAUGCGAUUCUUUUACGGACAAUUAAAUAGUUACUACGAUGGAAAUGAUUCUAUUUUUGUACCGAAAGAGGGGUCAACGAAGCUUGAUGUUCGCGAAGGUGUCUCAUUUCACCUUUACAUCAGUACAGCUCCGUGUGGUGACGGUGCCUUGUUCACUCCCCGAGAGGAGCCCAACUCUGACCUCUCUGAAUACUCCAAAGAGCAUAAUCCUAUAUUUACAACCAAGCAACAGGGCAUUCUGCGAACAAAGAUCGAAGUUGGCGAGGGUACUAUUCCAAUUGAUUCAUCUGAUGGUAUUCAAACAUGGGACGGGCUUUUACGAGGUAAACGGUUACGCACCAUGUCGUGUAGUGACAAGAUUUGUCGCUGGAACGUUUUGGGACUUCAAGGCGCACUUCUUAGUCACUUCAUCGAGCCGGUUUACCUAACUUCCCUGACACUUGGAUACUUGUACGACCAUGGUCAUCUCUCGCGCGCAGUUUGUUGCCGCCUUCAAUACAACAGUGACCUCAACGCGCAGCUGUCGCCUCCAUAUCACGUGAAUCACCCGUGGCUUGGUCGUGUUACCGCAUACGACCCACCGCGUGAAACAGAAAAGACAAAUAAUCUUAGUGUUAAUUGGUCAAUUGGAGACACGGGCGCUGAGGUCACUGAUGGUAGAACGGGAGCAUGCAUGUCACGAACAAAUAACAGCCCCACUCCUUCGCGUGUAUGUAAGGCCGCGCUUUAUACAUCUUUCAAAGAAAUUGGUACCAAAGUCGGUCGUGAAGACCUGGUGAACGUUGAAACAUACAGUGAAGCAAAGAAGAUGGCGACUGAAUUCCAAAGAGCGAAGCAGAUGAUGUACGAGUAUUUUAGCUCAUCGAAGUAUGGGUCAUGGGUAAGCAAACCCAUGGAGCAAGAACUAUUUUAG